AUGACUGAGGUUGUCUCUAGCACCCGCGGACCUCUUGGGGGGAAACUAGGUUCAGCGGUUUUCGAAGAAAUUCAACUGUUAUGGAGCGUCAAGGGUGACCAAGACAAGCUCAAGAACUUGCUAGAGAUGAUCGAGAAGGUGAUCACCGAUGCUGAGCAGAAGCAAACAACAGAUGAAGCUGUGAAGCAUUGGCUGUCAAAGCUUAAAGACUUUUGUUAUGAUGCUGAGGACGUGCUAGAUGAAUUCGCAGCCGAGGCCUUGCGGGGGCGAGCAAGGCUGACUGAACAUUUGACCCUUAAAAGGAAGGUACGCUACUGGUUCUCGUGGCUAUCUAACUUAAUUUUCCAAUUUAAGAUGGCGCACAAAAUGAAGGAAUUGAGGGAGAGACUUCAUGGGAUCAAUGAAGAGAAAAAUGUGCUCCACUUGUCAAGUAAUGUUCCUGACAAAAGUAUAGUUCAACGGAAGGAAACUCAUUCUUUUGUGCUUGUGUCAAAUGUGAUUGGAAGAAACAAAGACAAGCAGAGGAUAAUAGAGCUGUUGAUGAGAACAGAUGAUGACGGAGCUGGUAAGAUUGGUGUCAUUCCAAUUAUUGGAAUAGGAGGUAUUGGAAAGACGACUCUUGCUAAAUGGGUUUACAUGGAUGAUAGGAUAAGCAAGCAUUUUGAUAUCAAAGUUUGGUUAUCCAUGUCAGUUGAUUUUGAAGUUAAGAAGAUAAUAAGAGACAUCAUUGAGUCCCUUAGUGAGGAAGCCAAAUGUGACAGUUGGAGCCUUGAAAAGCUGCAAAAUCACUUAAGAAGUGUUGUGGAGAACAAAAGGUGUUUGUUUGUAAUGGACGAUGUGUGGGAAGUGAGUAAAGAGGACUGGAAAGGAUUGAUAGAUUUGUUAGAAGUGCCCCCCUAA